AUGGGACGGUUGGUUCUGCUGUGGGGAGCUGCCGUCUUUCUGCUGGGAGGCUGGAUGGCUUUGGGGCAAGUAGCAACAGUGAAGCCCAGUUCCCCGAAGCAGGUGAGCUUUUCGUGGCAUCAGGACGCGGUAACGGUGACGUGUUCUGACCUGUCCUACAGGGGUCUCCUCUAUGAGGUUCAGUACCGGAGCCCCUUCGACACGGAGUGGCAGUCCAAACAGGCAAAUAGCUGCAAUGUCACCAUAGACGACUUGGAUGCCGAGAAGUGCUAUGCUUUCCGGGCCCGGGUGAAGGCCAUGGAGGAUGCGUAUGGGCCAGACACGUACCCGAGCGACUGGUCAGAGGUGACGUGCUGGCAGAGAGGCGAGACUCGGGAUUCGUGCCCAGAGCCUCGCACGCCUCCCAAACCGAAGCUGUCCAAAUUUAUGUUAGUUUCCAGCCUGGCCAUCCUUCUGAUGGUGUCUCUUCUCCUUCUAUCUUUACGGAAAUUAUGGAGCAAGAAGAAUCGUACAAGGUCUGAUAUUGUCGUUGCUCAAGCUGUGACUGAAUUUUCAGCUUUGGAUCCAGAGUGGAUCACAGACACCCAGAACGUGGCCCACCUCCACAAGAUAGCAGGUGCAGAGCCAGAAGGUGGCCCUGAGGAGUCCCUGGUGGUCCAGUUGGCCAAGACGGAAGCCAACUCACCCGGGACGCUGGACCCACAGACCGAGGACAAAGAGGUGUCUGGGGGAUCCCUCCUGCUUCCCCACCAGCCGCCCCUGCAAGGCGGUGAUGUGGUCACUCUCGGGGGCUUUACCUUUGUGAUGAAUGACAGCUCGUAUGUGGCGUUAUGA